CGAAAUCGCACAAAAGAAAAUCCCUCUCGAAAGUCCUGAACCGAUAAGGAGAGGAAGACACAGCCGUAAAACCCCGGUGACGAGCAGCCAUGGCGACGAGGGUGUGGGCGGCGGCGGCGGCCUUAAACCCCGCUCUUCUUCCUCACUCGUCUUCCCCUCGUCCGGCCCGGUCCACGCGGCCGAGCAGCCAUCUCUGCCUGCGCAGCCGCCGGCCGCGACUCGCCAAGGUCGUGUGCCGCCGCGCCAAGAGCGCCGCCUUCGAGGACUACAAGUUCCCGGACCCCAUCCCGGAGUUCGCCGAGCAGGAGACGAGCAGGUUCAGGGAGCACAUGAUGUGGCGGCUGGAGCAGAAGAAGGCGGACUACUUCGGGGAGCACGUUGAGGAAAUCGUCGACGUCUGCACCGAGGUCUUGAGCAAUUUCUUGCAGCACGACUACUGUGGUCCAGGCACGCUCCUGGUUCACCCGUUCUUGGACAUGAAGGGCGAGAUCAAAGAGAAGGGGCUCCCCGGCGCGCCCCAGGCCACGCGCGCCGCGAUCGCGUGGGCUGAGAAGAACAUCGACAAGGACUGGAAGGCGUGGACUGGAGAUUACUAGCGCUAGUUUCCCUUGUAGCUCUCUGCUGUAUCAGCUAUUGUUGUACCUGUAGUUUGGAUGGUGUUUCAGCGGAGACUUGAAUCUAGACCCUAGGCUAGUCAUGUUUGUCGGAAAACCAUGAAAUUUAUCU